AACCUCUGAACUAGUAGAACUUUCCUCCGUUCUUCAAUUCGAUCGGAAUAAUUUUGUUACCCAGAAAGGCUAGCGUUUCCUGGUGAGUUAUACAGCUUUCUCAGUGUGGGUGUUUCAAUUUCGUUUUUGUGAUUUUGGAUUUUCAAAUUUGUUUUCUGUUCAAAUUUCCUUUUGUGAUUUUGGGGGGUUUUGUUUAUCGAUUCUCUCACUCAUCUCUCACCUCUCUCUCUCACUUUUGAGGUACAUCCCGUUGGAUUCCGUUUGCUGCUGCUGAUCUGCAGGCUGAAGAGGAUGACGAGAAUAUUAGUGGUGAAUUGUAUUUCAGUUUAAUUAGGGGAAGAACAGAGUUUUGGGUCGUCGGAGGAAGAACUUAGUUGCUUGACAUUUUGAGGUUCUGAUGAAUUCUUCAUUUAGAGUUGGUGACCAACAAUCGACCCACCACCAAUUUUAGAUCAAGAUUCGGGCAUGCCUUAAAAAUAUUAAAGCUUGCAUUCAAGUUUUGCUCUUUGAGUAGGACUUCAGGAUUGGAGACUGAAUUAUUAAUGACAUUUGUGGAAUAAUUUCUCAAAACUCAUUUGUUAUUUGUCCUUUAUGUUUCCACGACUUCACAACGUUAUAGGCGACGCUGCUAUCCCACAGUUGAAUCUGAUUAAUUUGUCUAAAGAUUUCCAAGUUAUGAAGUAAUUCAGGAUCAUCUGUUCGACAGCACGAACACAACUACUGCCAUUUUUGCAGUCGUGAUCUGAACCACUGCAGUGCCAUAACGGUGGAUAUCGCCAUGAUAACCCACGAAGCCUCCUCUUCAUCCUCCUCCAAGUCAAAACUUUGGAAUUACGACGUGUUCUUGAGCUUCAGCGGUGUAGACACACGCAAUGGUUUCACGGGCCACCUCCACGCGGCAUUAACAGACAGGGGAUACCAGGCUUAUAUCGAUGAGGAUGAUCUAGAAAGAGGGGAAGAAAUAAAAGAGGAACUGUUCCGGGCAAUCAAAGAGGCGAGGAUCUCUAUCAUUGUCUUCUCAAAGAGUUAUGCGGACUCGAGUUGGUGUCUUGAUGAGCUGGUGAAGAUCAUGGAGUGCAGAUACAAACCGGGGCGACAUGUUUUACCAAUAUUCUAUCAUGUUGAUCCUUCACAUGUUAGGAAGCAGAAUGAAGAUUUAGCUCAAGCAUUUCAGAAGCACGAAGAGGGCAUCCGUGAAGAAAAAGAUGACAAGGAACGUGAAACUAGACAAGAAAGGGUAAAGCAGUGGAGAAAGGCUCUUACAGAAGCUGCAAAUUUGUCUGGCCAACAUCUUCAAAUCACUGACAAAGGGCGCGAAGCAAAGCUUAUUAGAGAAAUUGUUGACAAGAUUAUCCCGAAAUGGCUUCCGAUCGCAGAAGAAUUACAAAUGGCCAAGCACCCAGUUGGAAUAUAUACUCGCAUUCAAGAUAUCAUCACUUAUCUUUCAAAUGCUGGAUCAGAUGUUGUUUGCAUGGUUGGAAUUUGGGGGAUGGGUGGAUUGGGUAAAACAACAGCUGCCAAAGCCAUUUAUAACAAAAUUCAUCAUGAGUUCCAAUUCAAAAGUUUCCUUGACAACGUUAGUGAAAAAGAUCUGGUUGUUUCGUAAAAAAAACUUGUUUCUGACAUCUUGAAACAGACCAAGCCUGAGAUAACCAGUGUUGAUGAAGGUAUCAGUCCGAUAAAAAAUCAUCUCCAUCGUAGAAGUGUACUUGUCAUUAUUGACAAUGUAGACAGAGUGGAACAACUAAAUGCAAUAGCUGGAAAUCGUGAUUGGUUUGGCCCAGGAAGUAGAAUUAUCAUAACGACACAAGAUGAACGUUUACUAAAGCAAGUGAACAUGAAAGUGGACAAGACAUAUCCACUUAAGGAAAUGAAUGACGAAGAAGCUCUGAAGCUCUUUAGUUGGCAUGCCUUUGGAAAUAGUUGGCCUAAUGAAGGAUAUCUUGAACUCUCAAAGGAGGUUGUUUCUUACUGUGGUGGUUUGCCACUAGCCCUUGAAGUUUUAGGUGGUUCUAUGAUUGAAAGAACCCCAACGGAGUGGAAAAAUCAGUUGGAGAAAUUGAAAAAAUUUCCCGAGGAAGGAAUAAUGAAACCGCUAAGAGUAAGCUUUGAAAGGCUAGAUCCUACACAGAAGGAUAUAUUCCUUGACAUAUCUUGUUUCUUUAUUGGAUGGGAUAAGGACCGUGUCGCAAAAAUAUUAGAUGGAUGUGAGUUUUUUGCAACAGUAGGAAUCAGUGACCUUCGUGAACGAUGCCUUGUAACUGUUGAACAUAACAGGUUGAAUAUGCAUGAUUUGCUUCGAGAAAUGGCCAAAUUAAUCAUUUCUGAAAAAUUCCCUCGUCACCCUGGAAAAUGGAGUAGGUUGUGGAACCAUCAAGAGGUCACUAAAGUAUUAGGAGAUAACUCUGGAACUGAAGAAGUUGAAGGACUUGCUCUAUAUGGCCCUCCUCCUCGGGAAACUGAAGAAGUUGAACUUGCUCCAGAUUCAGUACAGAAGCAUUCUUCUAAGUUUAGUUGUUUCAGUACAGAAGGAUUUGCCAAUAUGAAGAAACUGAGACUGCUCCAGCUCUGCAAAGUGCAGCUCAAUGGAGAAUACAAACAUCUUUCCAAAGAGUUAAUAUGGUUGAGUUGGUCUGGAUGCCCUUUAAAGUCCAUACCAGAUGACUUCUUUGAUCAACCAAGACUAGUUAGUUUAGAGAUAACGUCUGGCAAACUUGUACAAGUUUGGGAGGGUUCCAAGUCGCUUGAAAACUUGAAAUUCCUUGAUCUCAGAAGUUGCCUUGACUUAAAAAAAUCACCAGACUUUUCAAAUCUCCCAAAUCUUGAAGAGUUGAUGUUGGAAUGGUGUGUGAGUUUGUCCGAGAUUCACCCCUCCAUUGGUCAUCUUAAAAAACUUUCUUUGGUGAACCUCACAGGCUGCAAGAAUCUUAUUUCUCUUCCUGGAGAUUUCUACAAGUCAAAAUCCGUUCAGACUCUUGUUCUUGAUGAAUGUUGCCAAUUCAGUGAACUGCCCGAGGAUAUAGGGAAGAUGCUAUCAUUGAGAGUACUUAAAGCAUCUUUCACAGCCAUAAGACAAGUACCACGUUCCACAGUAAGGUUGAUGAAUCUCACUCAUUUAUCUCUAGCAGGUGUGGGAUCAGAGUUUCCCUUGCGAUUUCCUGAUUCGUUACACGGCUUAGACUCUUUAAGAAAUUUAGAUCUCUCAAACAAUGAUUUUGAUACCCUACCCAGCCUUAGUGGUCUUUCAAAGCUUGAAAGUUUGCGGUUAAGUGACUGCCAUCACCUUCAUACCCUACCCAGCCUCAGUGGUCUUUCAAAGCUUGAAAGUUUGCAGUUAAGUAACUGCCAUCACCUUCAUACCCUACCCAGCCUUAGUGGUCUUUCAAAGCUCGAAAGUUUGCAGUUAAGUAAAUGCUAUCACCUUCAUACCCUACCCAGCCUCAAUGGUCUUUCAAAGCUUGAAAGUUUGCAGUUAAGUGACUGCCAUCACCUUCAUACCCUACCCAGCCUCAGUGGUCUUUCAAAGCUCGAAAGUUUGCAGUUAAGUAAAUGCUAUCACCUUCAUACACUACCCAGCCUCAGUGGUCUUUCAAAGCUUGAAAGUUUGCAGUUAAGUGACUGCCAUCACCUUCAUACCCUACCCAGCCUCAGUGGUCUUUCAAAGCUUGAAAGUUUGCAGUUAAGUCAAUGUUAUCACCUUCAUACCCUACCCAGCCUCAGUGGUCUUUCAAAGCUUGAAAGUUUGCAGUUAAGUGACUGCCAUCACCUUCAUACCCUACCCAGCCUCAGUGGUCUUUCAAAGCUUGAAAGUUUGCAGUUAAGUGACUGCCAUCACCUUCAUACCCUACCCAGCCUCAGUGGUCUUUCAAAGCUCAAAAGUUUGCAGUUAAGUAAAUGCUAUCACCUUCAUACCCUAGCCAGCCUCAAUGGUCUUUCAAAGCUUGAAAGUUUGCAGUUAAGUGACUGCCAUCACCUUCAUACCCUACCUAGCCUCAGUGGUCUUUCAAAGCUUGAAAGUUUGCAGUUAAGUAAAUGCUAUCUCCUUCAUACCCUACCCAGCCUCAGUGGUCUUUCAAAGCUUGAAAGUUUGCAGUUAAGUGACUGCCAUCACCUUGAUACCCUACCCAGCCUCAGUGGUCUUUCAAAGCUUGAAAGUUUGCAGUUAAGUCAAUGCUAUCACCUUCAUACCCUACCCAGCCUCAGUGGUCUUUCAAAGCUUGAAAAUUUGCAGUUAAGUGACUGCCAUCACCUUCAUACCCUACCCAGCCUCAGUGGUCUUUCAAAGCUUGAAAGUUUGCAGUUAAGUAAAUGCUAUCUCCUUCAUACCCUACCCAGCCUCAGUGGUCUUUCAAAGCUUGAAAGUUUGCAGUUAAGUGACUGCCAUCACCUUGAAACCCUACCCAGCCUCAGUGGUCUUUCAAAGCUUGAAAGUUUGCAGUUAAGUAAAUGUUAUCACCUUCAUAUCCUACCCAGCCUCAGUGGUCUUUCAAAGCUUGAAAGUUUGCAGUUAAGUGACUGCCAUCACCUUCGUACCCUACCCAGCCUCAGUGAUCUUUCAAAGCUUGAAAGUUUGCAGUUAAGUGACUGCCAUCACCUUCGUACCCUACCUAGCCUCAGUGGUAUUUCAAAGCUUGAAAGUUUGCAAUUAAGUAAAUGCUAUCACCUUCGUACCCUACCCAGCCUCAGUGGUCUUUCAAAGCUUGAAAGUUUGCAGUUAAGUGACUGCCAUCACCUUCAUACCCUAUCCAGCCUCAGUGGUCUUUCAAAGCUUAAAAGUUUGCAGUUAAGUAACUGCUAUCACCUUCGUACCCUACCCAGCCUCAGUGAUCUUUCAAAGCUUAAAAGUUUGCAGUUAAGUAACUGCCAUCACCUUCCUACCCUACCCAGCCUUAGUGGUCUUUCAAAGCUUGAAAGUUUGCAGUUAAGUAACUGCUAUCACCUUCAUACCCUACCCAGCCUCAGUGGUCUUUCAAAGCUUGAAUGUUUGCAGUUAAGUGACUGCCAUCACCUUCAUACCCUACCCAGCCUCAGUGGUCUUUCAAAGCUUGAAAGUUUGCAGUUAAGUAACUGCCAUCACCUUCAUACCCUACCCAGCCUCAGUGGUCUUUCAAAGCUUGAAAGUUUGCGGUUAAGGAACUUCCAUCACCUUCAUACCCUACCCAGCCUAAGUGAUCUUUCAAAGCUUGAAAGUCUCUGGUUACAUGAUUGCUUGGAGCUUCGUACAAUUUAUGAUUUGCCAACGAAUUUAAAAUUUCUGGGUGCGCCUAAUUGCCUUCAUUUGGUAACAAUGCCCAAUUUUUCGAAAAUGUCGAAUAUGAGAGAACUGAUUGUAUGUAAUUCAUACGCACUCACUGAGGUUCCAGACUUGGAUAAGUCAUUAUACUCCUUGACAUGGAUUGACAUGAGGGAUUGCCCCAAACUCACAGCUGAUUUUAGGAGGAACGUCCUAAAGAUCUUCAUCAGUCAAGCUCUCAUAUCAGAUGGACAAAUAUCGAAUGAUAAGCUCAAUUUGCAAAGCGGGGAUAAAGUUGAUAUAACUUUUGAAAUGCCAGAGAUGGACUAUAAAAAUUAUUAUGCGACAAUUCAAGGAACAGGGGUUAAUCUAGUAUGGGACAAACCUAUGAAGGAAAAUAUCCACGAUUUUGAUCGUGAUGGUUGGUUUUUGAUCCAGAGGCACAACCAAGGUGGUGAUGCAUAGUCAUCAUCACAUGUUUUCGAUU